GUUAUCUCCAUAACUCUCUAGACGAAGACUUCAAUGCAAUAGUUUGGCGCCGGCCUUGAACCAUAAAUUCUCUUCGGAUUUUCUCCAGAAAAUCACAUUAUUGUUCAAACUCUGGUACUUUUGUUUGUCUUCAACCUGUUCCCGUUCAAGAAAAAGAAGAUGAGAUAUCAUCAUCUUUUAGUGACUGCGAUUAUAGUUAUUUCGCUUUCACCGGUGAAGACUUCAGCUCAUUUCUUCCCCAACAUAUCGUCAAUCCCGUCAGGGUUACUCCCCAACUCCACCAACAAGAGCGCGUGGGACGCCUUCCAGAACUUCACUGGCUGUCGUCGUGGCGACAAGAUCAACGGCUUAAGCAAGAUCAAGCAGUACUUUCACUACUUCGGUUACAUUCAACAGCUGCCCUCAAACACUACUGACGACUUUGAUGAUUCGCUGGAAUCGGCCAUUAAGACCUACCAAAAAAACUUUAAUCUUGAACCCACCGGUCAACUCGAUAAUCAAACUGUUCAAAAAAUCCUACAGCCCAGAUGUGGCAAUGCCGACAUAGUCAACGGUUCAACAACUAUGAACGCAGGCAAACCGGUCUCGUAUAACAUCAGUCAUCUCCACACAGUUGGCCAUUAUAGUUACUUUCCCGGCACGCCCCGUUGGCCAUCAAACCGUCGUGAUCUAACGUACGGGUUUCUACCACAGAACCAAUUGACUGAUGAUACGAAACAAAUUUUUGCAAACGCCUUCGCGAAGUGGUCACAGGUGAUCCCGAUGAAUUUCACACAAAGCGACGAUUACACCACCGCGGAUAUCACGAUCGGGUUCUACACCGGAAAUCACGGUGACGGAGAGCCGUUUGACGGAGUUUUGGGAACGUUGGCACACUCGUUUUCACCCCCUAGUGGAAUGUUCCACUUGGACGGCGCCGAGAACUGGGUGAUCUCCGGUGAUGUUACAACAUCGACGGUGAGUUCAGCGGUUGAUCUUGAAUCAGUUGCCGUUCAUGAAAUUGGACACUUGUUGGGAUUAGGACAUUCGUCGGUUGAAGAAGCUAUAAUGUACCCAACAAUAUCUGCCAGAACCAGAAAGGUUGAAUUGGCCAGUGACGAUGUAGAAGGAAUACAGGCCUUGUAUGGAAGUAAUCCAAAUUACAACGGCACAGAUGCGACCUUGGUUCAGCAGAGGGAAACUAGUAGUGGGGCCUACAUUGUGGGUUCCUGGUGGGGUUUGACUGCUUUGGUGGCGGCUGCGGUUUUAGAUAUUCUUUUGUAUUGAUUUUUUUUUUUUUUUUUCAAUUCGAUGAUUUUGUAUAUGAAAUUUUAUUGCCUGAGAUUUUUUAUUUUGCUUUCAUAUUUGCUUAUGGAAGAAAUCAACUCUAUGUCCUGAGUUAAGCUAUUAAGCUUGGCCUUGGACUUGGAGAUAUAGACAUUAAUUUUUCGUGAUUUAUUUAUUUUUAAUUUAUAUUAUAGUUUUUAUAAUUAGAGUUCCGAUAUUAUAGGUUUCAUAACCUUUUUCCUGUUUAGUUUUGGUCUGAACAGCAGCUUGUAUUAUAACCUCUUGUUUUGUGUGGAAGAAAAUUUAUGAAGAAUUAGAGACAUUUUGUAA